AUGUCGCUCACACUCAAACUAUCCUCGCUUGCGAUCCGCACCCUCUCAAAACCUAUCGCCAACCAAAUCAAAGCUCAGGCUCGUGAACAUGAGCGCUUCCGCAAUGUGUGCGUCUCAAUGGCACAAGCCCUUCACCGCUUCGAUAUGCGUCUCCGAUUAGGCUCCAUUCGCGAUACGAGUGCUUCACAACGACAAGCUGCCGCUGAGGCGGAGGUAAAAAAACACGCCACGACAAGCCCAACUGUGAAGACCCAAGUGGAGACCAAGGCGGAGGAAGAGGCUAUUGAAAAAGCCAAGAAGGCAGCAGAAGAAGCAGCGAAGCCCCGCCAUUACCGGAUUCGACCUUUGUCCGAAUCGAAAGCUAUCGAGUCCGGCGCCAACUUCAUCAGUGAAACUUUCUUGUUCAUGGUUGCUGGUGGAUUGAUCCUAUUUGAGUCAUGGAGGUCACGUCGCAAGGAGACCACGCGCAGAGAUGGGGUUGAGGAGCGGCUGGCUGAGCUUGAGCAGUCAGAGAAGACAGCAAUCCAGGCAUUGGUGGCACUGGAGAAGGAGCUGCUCGCACUAAAGGCCAAGCAUGGCGAGUCGCCAAAGUCGACACAUCACAUUUUGCCUCGCGAGGUAUGGGAGGCUCAACCUGAAGUCGAAGAGCCGGCAGUUGAGGAGACUUGGUGGACCAAGGCCACGUCCUACUUCUCCUUUGGGCAGAGUGCCUCCAAUACUGCACCGACAGCUCCUGCAAUCAAAACCUCACAAUCCCCAGACACGAGACAAGUUGGACAGCCAGCUGUACCGGCAGGUCAGACUCAACCAUCCGCGACCAAGAGCUCGUAA